CGUUAUUCGUUCAACUGUACACGUUGAAGUCGUACAGACGUUAUACGCCGCUGCGAUCGCCGUCCAUGAAGAGUCAAUAUUUCCCAUUUGGUUGAGGGGGCCAAUCAUCUACCCGGAUACUACAUCAGUUAUCACAUACAACAUUGCAACAGACAACGUUAGACAUCCGCAAUUUCUGGUUGCACAAGGACGUCCAAAGAAGGGUCAGUGGAGGAAGUGACUUCGCAGGGAACCUGAACUGAUCAUCAAGAUGUUCCUGGUAAAGUCCAGUGUCACCCUGCUGUGUGUCCUGGGACUGCUUAACGUGGAUGGUGAGUUGGUAUGGAGACUAUGCCCUAAUGGACAAUGCCUCUGUCGGCCACAUUCUUCCCAUGCUGUGCACAUGAACUGUUCAGGUGGUACCUUCACACGCAUCCCAACGCCACCCAACAAAUCCCUUCCACUGUAUCUGACAUUAGACCAAAAUAAUCUGACCAGUGUUACUAGUGAUACGUUCCGUAACAUUCCCAAGUCCGGCCUAAGAUCCCUGCUCAUAUUCAAUAACAAUAUUUCCCACGUCUCCGGUGAUGCCUUCAGUGGGUUCACAAACAUGCAUACGAUUGUUUUUUCGAAUAACCGCAUUACGGAGAGAUCACUGACAUCGGCGGUUGCCAGCCUUAAAAACUCCUCGAUAACGAGUCUCACGAUAAGUCGUACGAAGUUGAGUAUGUUCCCUAAAGAUUUCUUCAACCCUCUAGCUCACAUUGUCAGUCUCAAUCUCAGUCUUGUCAAUAAUCGUUUGGAGAUGUUCCAUUCGGGGGCAUUUGCACCCUUGAAAGGACUCGUGUACCUCAAUCUCAGAAACAACCGGAUUGUUCGGAUGGACAUGACAGACGGUUAUGUCCAGAACAUUAAAAGGCUUCGUCUUGACAGCAAUCGAUUAGAUGACUUCCCCAAUCUGUGUCCAUGCGGUAAACCGCAAUUCCCAGAACUCAUCGAACUAGAUAUCAGGUAUAACCACUUCAGGAACUUGAACAAAAGUUACUAUAACUGUUUGGAUACACUGAAGAUCUUACGUCUUGAUGGGAACUUCAUACCAUGGUUACAGAAGGACCAGUUUGCUGGUCUGAAAUCUCUCGAAAGGCUUGGUCUGUCUAGCAUUGGAUGCACCCUGAGCAAGGUGGAACCAGGAGCUUUCAGGAGUAACACUCUCCAAUACAUCUACUUUCAAAAGAACCAUAUUGAGUUUAACCGCUCAAAGGAAAGUCCCACCCUUACAAUGUUUGAUGGAUGUCCGUCAUUGGAAUAUCUGGAUAUCAAUUAUAAUGUUUUCUCGUAUUUACGGGAGCAGGACUAUGACCGUAUGUUUAGGAACCACACAAAUCUGAAGCAAUUGUUCAUGGGAGGAUGUGGAAUAAAUGCGAUCCCUAAAGCGAUUCCCAAGUAUCUGAAAAACCUGACACGGUUAGCAUUGUACCAUAACGAGAUCAGCGACUUGGAACCAAACCUCUUCAACAACAUGGACAACCUUGUUCGUCUAUUCCUGGGGAACAACAAGAUAACGUCAGUCAACAAUCAACAUUUCUAUCUAACCUCAAAAAACGGAUCUGGGUAUGUGGAUUUAUCGAACAAUCCCCUUUCGUGUGGGUGCGAAUCUCUGUGGUUCAUUGAAACCUUUCAAAAAGACCCUUACCUAUUCCGAGCUGACUGGCACAAAGCAGGCUAUGUCUGUCAUAGUCCCAAAGACUUGCUUGACACCCAAAUCCGAGAUGUGGCAAUAUCAGACCGAACGUGUCUGUUGAGCUGGAACGCCCUGAUGAUCCUCCUUGUGGGUUCCAGUGUCCUCAUCACCCUCCUGGCCACCCUGUCUGUCCUCUACUACUACAGAUGGAACUUGAUGUAUCUGGUGCUCAUGAUGAGAUACAAGGAACGGGAGGUGUCAGACAGACAACAGUUUCUGUAUGACGUAUUCGUAGCGUACAACAUCGACGACCUGGCCUGGGUGAAACAGCACCCUCCUGUAUUGGAGGGAUCAGACGGGCUGAAAUUGUGCAUCCAUAACCGAGACUUUGAAGUUGGUGAGAUGAUCGUUGACAAUAUUGUUCAAAGUAUAGAAAAUAGCCGGAAAGUGAUCAUUGUCCUGUCGAAUAAUUUUGCCAAAAGUAACUGGUGCAGGUUUGAGCUGGAUAUCAUUCAACGGCAUGUGAUAGAAUGUGGUCAGCGCCUCCUGGUGGUGGUGAUGCUUGAACACAUAGAACCGUGCCUCGUUACUAAGGCGAUGAAAGCAAUGCUGCUGACGACAACAUACCUGGAAUGGGGAGAGGACAGACAAACCAAACAGGCCUUUUUUAAUCGUCUGCGACUUCUUGUGAAAAGACCUUUACCCUCGGUAUCGACAAGGAAGAUGUCUGUGUAACACGACCGCUUCUGCUAAUAACUCUGUAGCGAACUAUGAGAAUGACAGUUCAAACGAACAUAUAAGCAAACUAGGCGUACAGUUAUACAUAUGUCAUGUUUGGUUUGGUUUGGUUGGUGUUUAACACCGCACUCAGCAAUAUUCCAGCUAUAUGGCGGUCUGUAAAUAAUCGGGUCUGGACCAGACAAUCCAGUGAACAACAGC